UACCUCGGAAUGUUUACUUAGUAAAGGUGGAAAGAACAAAACAUGAUAUGGAUCUUUUAUAUAAAGUAUGCAUUGUGUUUCUACAUUUGUGGACAAGUUCUACACAAGUAUAUACAGGAGUUCUCACGAGACUAUGGCCGUUGGAUAGCCAAACAUGUUCAUCAGAAGUAUUAACAACUACUUACGUAUAUAGCGAAUGUAAUAACAUAUUUAAACACCAGCCACAAGAUUUCCCUUUUAACGCUAUGGCGUUCGACGGAUCUUCUCUUAUUGAUGUCGCUGUUGAUGUUUCAACUUCUAAAAUACAACAUUACAGUUUUCAAGGUUGGUUUUUCUUUACAACUGACACUCCUGCGUCCUUGUUUCAUUAUAUAGACAGUGAAGGAAUCACGGAAACAAUAGUUUGGAUUAAUAAUAUGAGGUCAAAAGUUUACAGAAGAGUAAGUUCCGAUGUGAAAACUUUCACUGGAAGUAAGCAAUUUUCGAAAUAUAAAUGGUAUUAUAUUUCACUUGGUAUAGGUGAAAUAGGUUACAUAUACGUACGUAUUGAUGGUGUAAGUGAUAUCUAUGGAAUUUUCAACAACCGUAACAUCAAGGAAUUUCCAGGUACAUUGAGGAUUGGUGGAGAUUUUAGUGAGGUACAUGCAAACAUUGAGGGACGAAUCACAUGUGUUGGAUUCCAUUUAGAUACCAGAGACGCCUCUGAAGAUGUUGUUAAGGAUGUGUGCACUGGAACGUCUUGGAUGCCUGACAGAGGAAGCAAUAGUAUAUACCUGACUAGGAUGAAUACAACGACGUUGUUUCCUGUUCUCAUUAAAGAAGUCACACGCUGUUCUUUUACUCAAUGUGCUUACUCAUGUUUGGUAGAAAUUGCAUGUUUCUUUAUAUCUUUUGAUGAAGAACCUGCCACUUGCAAAUCGUGUUACCUGUUUAGAAGAGAAGAAACUACAGGCUCUCAUAGCACAAUUUCUUUGUAUAGAGUUAAAACAUAA